GAAGUAAACUGUACCUUGCGGUGCAAACUUCAUCCAUUCAUCCACAGUCGGAAGACGUUCCAGCUCUGUGAAGACACGGGGGCAGCCAGACUCGAGAAAUCAGAAGGUUCUGCCGCCAUGGGCCGGAAAAGGAAGGCUACAAACGUAAACUCGAGAGCAGCAACUCUCAAAAAAGCCAAGGCCACGACUGGAACAACAACUACUACCACAUCAACAGCUUCUUCCUCUUCCACCACGGCUGUCGCUGCUGGAACUACCGCGCCAACCGUCACCAGUGCCGCCCUGAAGGAGUACCCGUACACCAAGGAUUAUGACAUGAAAGGGCCUGCCAUCCUUUUCUUUCGACGCCUUCAAAGCAAGUAUGGAGGGAAAAAGAGUACCCCAAAGCUACAGGGCGACCUGUGUGAAGAGAUAACGGAGCACAUUGGCGGAGAUGUCGAACCAUGGGACAUCAAAACUGUCUUAAAGUUGAAUGAUCAAGCAGCAGGUGGAAACGACAAAGAAAUAACACUCAGACUCGCCGAUGGUAUCCUCCGCGGCGGACUCCCUCGGUGCCCCAAGUGUUUCGGGGGACGGCUCCGAUAUGGAAGGCCUAAAUGGGAGAUCCGCCCGUACAAGGGUAAGGCCAAGCGAGACUCUCCUCUGAAGGGCCGGGAGCGCUUCCACUGCCCGGGGUACUUUGAUGACGACCAUUACGUCAACUGUACAUUCGAGGCCCUGGACGGGAUUGACAGGCUGCCAUGGAAAUACCCGUGAUUAUAGAAUAAGCGAGUUCACGGGUCAAACUGUGCAUGCACGGCGAAAUGCAUUGUACGUAAUACGGUAAAGUUGAAGGCGCCUAAAAUAUUAACAAAACACGUCUGGACAUGGAAUGGUCGGGGACUUUAACUUUUUUCAACCUAGCCUCCACCUUUGACAUAUAACGCACCAUGUAUCUCAUUGCACAUGAACCCCUUUAUAAGUGAAUAGAUAAAUCGUACCAGAAAUGCUAUUGGUGUUUGAGUAUGAUUUCCUACGAACAAGUAACAACCCAUGGUCAGGCCAUGUUAGUGUGCCCUCUCUUCGUGCAUGAAUUCAAUGGUUCAUAAUAUGCUGUCAUCGUUUUGAUAUCACUGUUAUAAUAUAUUAAUCAGUAACGUGACACGGGAACUCCAAGAUGAGAUAUACCGGGUUACAAAAAAAAAGAGACAGAAAGCAUCUGAAAUGCUCCCAAAGUAACAUAAUUUGUUAUGUGAAAUUGUUCAAGUAUUUCGUCCAAAGUACAUUACUAAGUUGUAUAACAGUAGUAAUAACACAUCCUACAUACAUUUUGGCAUGUUAUCAAGCAACCAGGACAUUUUAAGAUGAAAGGAGAGGCUUUGAAUUUGUUUCUAUUAUGCAUUAAGUGUGUGAUAACUUAGUAACGUAAAUAGAAUUGAUAAAAAGUGGCAUAAAAUAGCUCAAUUAAAAGCUUCUUCAAAGUGGAAGUCCUGUGACGGUCUGUUUCUC